AUGGCGGCGGCGGCGGCCGCUGCCACGGUGGUCGUCCGGCGUGCCAGGCAAGAGCAGGCGCCUGCGAGGUUCGAGAUGGAGCGCCUGCUGGCAAGGAGCGAGCGCACCCUCAACAUGACGCAGGUCUGCGUGUUCGACAUAGAAGUGCUCUCGGCCACCCUGCACCACGAGCUCGCUGGGAGAAAGCGGCUGAAGGUCAAGCUCCACACGGCAAUGGGGAAGACCCUGCUGAAGUGGAGCGCCUCGAAGAUCGAGAAGCACGGAAACGGGGAGACCUCCGUGGCCUUCAACGCACGAGGCAGCGUUGUCUUCGAGGGCGGCGGCGUGCUCUGCUUCGACCUCUGCGCGCCCAGGCUCAUGAG